GCGCCGCAGGGAGACCGGAGGGAGACCCGCUUCGAUGCGUCUCGACGUCGUGUCCAAGGCUGUGCGCGGCGCCACGCGCUUCUCGGCCCAGUGCCAGGGACAGCAGUUCCGCGCGGCUCACACCAAGGCCGCGGUGCGCGCCGCCCUGGCCGUGGAGGCCCAGCAGCGCAACGGCCGUUUCGCCAGCCUGCUGCCCGUGGCUGCCGCCAUGGCCCUGGUGGGCGCGGCCGGCGUGGCCAGCAUGGACGACGGCUCGGCCGCCAAGUGCGAGGGCGCGGCCAAGCCUGUGAGCCGUGAGGCCGUCACGCAGGCCAUGCUCAAGGAGGUGGUGGCCAAGCUCAACCGCAUCGAGAGCGCCGUGGCCAACCCGCACCGCCGCACCGACGGCCUCAACGCCGGCGUGGACGUGGUGCUGGGCGCCCAGUGGGGCGACGAAGGCAAGGGCAAGCUGGUGGACAGCUUAUCCCAGUCGUACGACGUGAUCGUGCGCGUGGCCGGCGGCUCCAACGCUGGCCACACCAUCGUGCACAAGGGCAAGAAGUACAAGUUCCACCUGGUACCCUCGGGCAUCCUGAACCCGAACGCCAUCUGCAUCAUCGGCAACGGUGUCGUGGUGCACCUUCCCAGCUUCCUCGAGGAGCUGGAGGAGCUCAAGAGGAUGGGCGUGGACUACGAAGGCCGCAUUCUCAUCUCGGACCGCGCGCACAUGGUGCUCGACCUGCACCAGGAAGUGGACGGCAUCAACGAGCUGCGCCGCGGCCGCAACAAGAUCGGCACGACCAAGAAGGGCAUCGGUCCGGCCUACUCGUCCAAGAUGCUGCGCAACGGCGUGCGCGUGGGCGACUUGCGCUACUUCGACGACUUCUCGGAGAAGAUGCGCGACCUGGUCAAGUUCUACAAGGACAACUACCCGGAGCUGGAGGCGGACGCCGAGGCCGAGAUCAAGGCGUACAGCGACAUCAAGGACAAGAUCCUGGACAUGACCGUGGACACGGUCUCGUACCUGAACAACGCCUACGUGGCGGGCAAGAAGAUCCUGGUGGAGGGCGCCAACGCUACCAUGCUGGACAUUGACUUCGGCACGUACCCGUACGUGACGUCGAGCAACCCGAGCAUCGGCAGUGUGUGCACGGGCGGCGGCAUCUCUCCGAACCGCCUGAACGGCAUCAUCGGCAUCGUGAAGGCGUACUGCACUCGUGUUGGUGAGGGUCCGUUCCCGACGGAGCUGCACGACAAGGUCGGCGAGCACCUGGGCACGGUUGGUGCCGAGUUCGGUACGACCACUGGCCGCGCCCGUCGCUGCGGCUGGCUCGACAUCCCGCAGAUGCGCUACUCCAACAUGGUGAACGGCUUCACGGAGCUGAACCUGACCAAGCUGGACGUGCUGACGGGCCUGGAGAAGGUCAAGAUCGGCGUGGCGUACUGGCACAAGGGCAAGAAGCUGGACGGCAUGCCGUCGAACCUGCAGCUGCUGCAGGACUCCGUCGUGGAGUACGAGGAGAUGGACGGCUGGUCCGAGGACAUCUCCAAGUGCAAGACGUUCGAGGAGCUGCCCGUGGCCGCGCAGAAGUACGUGCUGCGCGUGGAGGAGCUCCUGGGCACGCACAUCAAGUGGAUCGGCGUGGGUCCGGACCGCUUCGACGUGAUCACGCGUCCGCACCCGCUGGAGAAGGCCUACGCCUCCUCCAACUAG